AUGAGACAUAUAUUCCGGACUGGCAAACAAUAUAUCGACUUGAGACAAUACCGCGGUGGCCGGAAGCAGCCGCACCGGCGCUUCACCUGUCGUGGGUCGAGCGACUGCUGGUCCGCCGCCGAAGACGACGGCGCGGGUUCCGGAGGGCAAAAGAGAUGCCGGACGAAGCCCAUGAGUCAGGAGAAGAGCGAGGGAGAUGCAGAGAAGCUUGGAACGAAUCUCGCAGCUGGACGACACGCCCGGAAGCCAGAUGACAGAAAGGGGUGGGAAGCCGUGGAGUCCGGGCAGUAUCGCGUCCAGAGCGCCACGGCACGUCUUCCCGGCCGUCCUAGAGCCCGGGCGGACCCCAAGAAUAUCGUCCUGAUCUUCUGGGGGCAUAUACUCGGGGACGCGGCGGCCGACUGGCUGCAGGAAGGCGGGAGCGCGCAGAAGGUGGGCAUUGCUGCAAGCUUCUACCAACUAGGUAGCGACGGCAAGUCUUGGAUACGGGGAGAGCGACGAGGCUACUAUAACGGCACCGGCUGA